CUGAGUUGUCCUUUCUGCACGGCUUGCUGGCUGGCUUGCAGUUGAUAGCUAAAUUGCGCACAGGAGACACUUUUGAUCAGCAUAGCCGUAAUUGCAGCACGUUGGGGAAUAUUUUAUGCGUGUUUGAUAAAGGACAUAUCGAUUAUUUACUUCUGGUUCAAGUUCCUGAGAUACGAACAAUUUCAUCUGGUAUAUUUUUGGAUCACAUUUUGCCACUGAGUGCACACUGGCCAAAAAGAUAAUGUCCCGUUGUUGAAAAUGGGAGGCAGUGGCUCCAAAACCAAAAGCUAUUGGCCAUUUUCUGGUUCCGCUGGUGGUGGUGACGAACAAGCCAAAGAGGGAAAUGAUCAGUCAUUGGCACGCCCGCGAAGUUUCAGGACUGCAACUCCCUUCGUGUUUACCAGACGAAGCUCACUUUACUAUGACGAGGAUGGAGACCUGGCUCACGAAUUUUAUGAGGAAAUCGUGGUGACAAAAAAUGGUCGGAAGAAGGCCAAGUUGAAAAGGAUUCAGAAGAACCUUAUAUCUCAGGGAAUGGUCAAGCUGGAUCACCCUUCUAUACAUGCAGAUUUCCCAGUGGUCAUCUGUGAGGGUUGACGAAGGAGAAGACUUGCUACUGACCAUGUAGAUUUCACCAAUACCCCCGUCCUCUCUGCUGAACCCCCGCCCCCACUGUGAUAGACACUGGCAGUGGUCUUUCAGAGAAGAAGAAGAAGAAGAAGAAGAUGAUGAUGAUGAAGAAGAGGAAGACGACGACGAUGACUAGGAUGGAUGGACUCCUCCUUUUGGUGUAGCUGGUCGAUCUGGAGCCUUGGGAACUCUGCAUGUGAACUGUGAACUGUGACACGGGACAAAGCUAAAGCUCUGGAUUUCUGCUUUUGGAGACCGAGGAUCUGUGAACACUGACGGAGAUCUGACUCCUCUCUCCCUGCCAUAUCUUAGAUAGAUAUUGUUAGGCAGUGUGUGUGUUUGGUAUGUGAGUGUGUGAUCGUAUGUGUGUGGGAAAUGAUGUCGCAUUGAUUCACUUGGGAUGAGUGCUGUUCCACACAUACCUUUAUCAUUUCUAUCUAGCUCUAUCGAAUGUCCUAUAAUGCAACAAUAUUUUUUGAAACGCUAAGAAUGUAUGGAAUCUUCUUUAGUCGUUUUCUCUGUUCUCACGUGGCCAUUUCCAUGGUGAGCGCUCUGUGCAAGCGAUAGGUUCUGCCAAAAGCUAAUCAUGUCGGCCUCUAAAGCAGCGCUGGACAUUUCUUUGGUCAGAAUACCUACACAUUUUUGAUUGUGCAUGUUUCCCCCCCAUGAAGUUGUUGCAUCAAUCUGUUGAGUUUUCUGGCAAAAUAGACAAUCCAGGUGUAACCGUGUGCUUGAUAGGAAGUAUCGUCAGAAAUCUUUUCCCUCUGGCCCUGGCAGCCACACACACACACACACACACACACACACACACACACGUAGAGAAGUUGCCAUGAUGCCACAUGAGCAGUGUCACUGGUCCGUUAAUAUCUGUGUGUAAUUUGGCUGAAUUUUAUUUAUUGUACCAAUUCCAUUUUGUGCGGCAUUGAAUUUGUUAAAGAAAAAAGAGCCCUUAAUAUGUU